UGAGUCUGUCUGUUUUGGGACCAGUUAGUGGUGUCUAGCAUUGUGGGGAGGGAAGGGUGAAUGGACAGGUUAAACUCAUGCCAUUCUCUCCUCUCUACCCCCCAGAAUUCUGCAUCUAUUACAGAGUAAAUUCCUCCUUUAGCUAUUAGCUGCUGACUUCAAGAAGAGUUUGCUCCAGUCAUAUCGGAGAAUUUUCCAGUGAAUAUGGCAUGUUCAGGGGGUCAUGGGAGAUGCCAGGAAGGCCUGGGUUUGGAGCUGCCACGGCCUGUACCACCCCAUGGAAACCUUACUGAAAGGCAAGCCUGGGACUCCGAGAUGUGGCACGUGAUCUUCAGGGGCUUCAGCAGCUCGGGGAAAUCGGACCCGGUCCGGGACCUUCGGAGACUGUCCGAGCUCUGCUAUCUGUGGCUGAGGCCAGACUUGCACACCAAGGAGCAGAUCUUGGAUAAGCUGGUGCUGGAGCAGUUUAUGAUCUCCAUGCCCCCGGAGCUUCAGGUCUUGGUCAAGGAGAGGAGUGUGGAGAGCUGCAAAGACCUGGAGGACAUGCUGAGAAAUAACGAGAAACCCAAGAGAUGGACCACAGUCAGCAUGCAAGGACAGAAGUUCCUUAUGCAAAAUUCGGAUGUCCAGAUGGCCGAAGGGGAAGUCUGUGACAUGGGCCACGUGAGGGACUUGUCCAUGAAGUCCCGAUCUUUGAAAAGAGAGGCAGAGAUACAUCCCAAGGACAGCCGAGAGAUGUAUCCCGAGAACAGCCAGGAGGUCAACCGGGAGCCAGAGAAUCAGCCAGGAAUCAGUGACAUGUCCAGGGGCCAGGGACAAGAAGUCCUUCCCCCAGAGAUCAUUCCUGAAAACGGUGACCUGUGCGGUGUGAGAGCCACGCAGGUGCUGGCGAUGGACCUGAUGGGGGACGGGGAAGAGGCAACAGCAGUUACAGCUCUAGAGCCUCAGCUUCCAAGGGGGCCUGAAGGUCCGGUGAGGACAGAGGGUGAGGAGAACCUCCAAGAAGGAAUCGGCACUGAAAAUGUAGAUGCCCAUGUGCCUUCCACCCACGUCUCCGAGGCGGGUGUUUUGAGUCAACAUCUGAAAAGAAGAUAUUCUCGGAAUUCAAGAGGUCCCCCGAAAAGAACAAGGGGUGGCAACACCUCCGUUCCCCAAGAUGUGCCUCAAGAAGGAGCCACGUCCUUGGACGAAGGAAACUUCUUGAGACAACACAGGUCAAAUUCAGUCAGUGCACAAAGCACCCUGGGGCCAGCUGGUCGCCCUGCUGGCCAAGAAGCCCACAGACAGGUGCAGCAUGAAUGUGGGGACUGCAAGAAGAGAUUCGGGUACAGGUCUCAGCUGGAGCUUCACCAGAGAACACACACGGGAGAGAGGCCCUUUGGGUGCCAGGUCUGCCCCAAGAGAUUCAUUCAGUCUUCAGACCUCCAGGUCCACCUGCGCACCCACACGGGCGAGAGGCCCUACAUCUGUACAUACUGCAGGAAGGCUUUCGCCCACGACUCCACGCUGCGUGGCCACGAGAGGGUCCACACAAAGGAGAGGCCUUACCGAUGCGACACCUGCCACAAGCAUUUCAGCCACCGAGGAAACCUCAAGGUCCACCUGCGCACCCAUUCUGGCCUGAGGCCCUACCUAUGCCUCGAGUGUAACCGGGCCUUCAGUCAGCUGGGGACUUAUAAACGCCACCAGAAAACUCAUUUCAGCGGGGCCCCCCGAAGAUCCCACGUCCCUUCUGCCCAGGAAGGAGAUUAA